AUGUCGGUCGACCCCAUGGCCUACGAAGCGCAGUUCUUCGGCUUCACGCCCCAGACGUGCAUGCUGCGCGUCUACAUCGCGUUCCAGGACUACCUCUUCGAGAUGAUGCUGGUGGUGGAGAGCGUGAUCCUCAAGAAGCUGGACGCAUUUCCCGGCUGCAAGGUCAGCCCCUCCCAAGUCCGCAAGAGCACGGAGAAGUUCCUGCUCUUCAUGAAGGAGCACUUCGAUCAGCUCUUCAGUAAAAUGGAGGAAGUGCUGCUGCAGCUGGUGCUGAACGUCCCUCGGCACGUGCUGCUGCCCGAGGACAAGGCCCACGAGCAGUACCCCUGCACUGAGGAGCAGUUCCAGGCGCUGCAGGACGAGAUCCGUCAGCUGCAGCAGCAGUACAGGGCGGAGGCGUCCGCCGGGCAGGCCCUGCACGCGGAGCUGGAAGAACAGGAGGCUGUUCGGGCCGAGCUGGAGAAGAUUCUGCAGUGGUUUGACGGGCUGGAGAAUAUCUGCAGAGAGCACGGGACCGGCAACUUCAAAGAAAGCUUUGCGUUCCUGACACAGAACUCGAAGAAACUGCAAGACGUGCUGAGAGAUGUUGAAGAGAAAAGGAAAAAAAUAAAGCAGCACGAUCAGCUAUUGUAA